AUGAACAACCGAAAUGUCGUCGUCUGCGACAAUGGCACCGGGGUGUUAGAAUCAUCAUCAUCUACUUUUGGUUUGGUAACUUUGUCAAAUUUGUUUGCUUUAAUUGCAGUAUGUGAAAUGUGGCUUUGCUGGAGAGAAUUUCCCUACCUCUGUGUUCCCUUGCGUAGUUGGAAGGCCACUGCUUCCUAUGAGGAAUCACUCAUGGAACAAGAAAUCAAGGAUGUCAUUGUUGGAGAAGCUUGCGCAGAAUUUCGGCAUCAGUUGGAUAUAAAUUACCCGGUUAACAACGGCAUCGUGCAAAACUGGGAUGAUAUGGGCCAUGUCUGGGACCAUGCAUUCUACAGUGAACUAAAGAUAGAUCCUACUGAAUGUCAGAUACUACUCACGGACCCGCCUCUCAAUCCUUCAAAGAACCGUGAAAAAAUGGUUGAGACCAUGUUUGAGAAAUACAAUUUUGCUGGUGUCUUCAUACAAAUUCAAGCUGUUUUAACAUUGUAUGCUCAAGGUUUGUUAACAGGAUUAGUUAUUGACUCUGGUGAUGGUGUUACACAUGUGGUUCCAGUAGUUGAUGGCUACUCAUUUCCUCAUCUUACAAAGCGAAUGAAUGUAGCUGGCCGACACAUAACAUCCUAUCUUGUUGAUUUGCUCUCAAGGAGGGGGUAUGCAAUGAAUAGGACAGCUGAUUUUGAGACUGUCAGGGAAAUCAAAGAGAAGCUCUGCUAUAUAAGGAAUGUUGUGGAACUUAUUGAUUGCACAAAUUAUUAUAUCCAAUUUCAUGUAGUUAUGAUUACAAAAGGGAGUAUCAAUUGGGACUUGAGACACCAUACUUGUGAAGAAUUACACUUAUCCUAUUUUCAUGUAUGUCACUGUGUGCUUGCUGUGACACCACUGCCAGAUGGAAGGGUGAUUAAAGUUGGCACCGAAAGGUUCCAGGCUCCUGAGGCUCUAUUCACUCCUGAACUUAUAGAUGUCGAAGGUGAUGGGAUGGCUGACAUGGUAUUCCGCUGUAUUCAGGAAAUGGAUAUUGACAACAGGAUGAUGCUCUACCAGCAUAUAGUUUUAAGUGGAGGGAGCACGAUGUAUCCUGGAUUACCCAGUCGUUUGGAAAAAGAAAUACUGGACCGUUAUCUUGACGUUGUUUUGAAGGGUAACAAAGAUGGACUGAAGAAAUUGCGAUUGCGAAUUGAAGAUCCUCCACGAAGAAAGCACAUGGUGUAUCUAGGUGGUGCAGUCCUUGCAGGAAUUAUGAAGGAUGCUCCUGAAUUUUGGAUUACCAGGGAGGAUUAUCUAGAAGAAGGAGUUGCUUGUCUAAGCAAGUGUGGUCAGGCAUGA